CAUCAUUGGUAUUAUUGAUGUCGUCAAGUUUAAGCUGUUUAAAAAAUGAUGAUGAUGAUGAUGAUGAUAUGGUGAAUGAAUGGUGGUUAGUGAAAACAAUGAAAUUCUGCCACCAUAUAGCCACCAUAUAUAAUAUAAGAUGUUUUAAUAGUUAAAAAUACACCAAAUAGCUGACAGCCGCAUCAUCAUUAAUGUACCCUACAUUGGCCGAUAUAUACCCAUCAUCACAGUUGUUGGCUAUAUAUAAGACGGCCCAUUUUGAUUCGAGGAGCAACGAACUGGAACUAGCGGCGGCUAUUCAAUAUUAUAUCCAUAGAAACCAGGAUUGAGCAGUAACAUUCAUAAAUGUAUUCGAUCAUCAAUAAUAAUAUAAUGGGAGUAUGGCACAAUUGGUUAUGCGUUAGGUGGCGUUUUUUGUGUCCCUGGAUUUUUUUUUCUCAUUUCUAACACAACGAAUUUAGGUCUUUGACUCCCUUUCUCGCUAGUAUGCCGAAUCUGAUCAAAUUAAAUUUAUAAACUCGUAACAAUAAUUUCAAGAUGUGACAAAGUAAAUUGUCAAGCAAAAUUCCGGACAGAUAGCUAUUAUUAUAUUUAUCAACGAAGAAUUGAUCGUUUUGCUCAAAUUCGAGUGAAAUCGUCAUUAUUAUUGAAUGAAAAAUGAUUCGAAUGGCUCAAAAUCUUUUCUAUUCUUUUCUUUUUGUUUUUUAUGCAAUUUCAUUUUCGCAAACAUUCGAAUGGAACAAUCAAAUACAAUUGACACGAAAACUGAGUCCAUUACGUUCGUAUAAGGAUGCUCAGUUUUUUCGUUUCCAAAUACCGCCGGAACUCAGCAAUGCCGUAUUUCGGUUGAAUGCAUCGCAAUCCGAAUUGCCGAUCAAUGUGACCAUGUGGCAAGAUCAUUAUUCAGCAUGGAAUAUAACACAUCUAUCCAAAACGAAUAUGGCUGAUACCAUACCUAUUACGGCCACCGAUCAAUGGCCAUCAUUACCUAGUUGGAUCAAUGCAACCAAAAUAGCAAUCUAUUCGGAAAAAAUAAAUAAAUUUUAUCGAUCAGUACUGAGCACUGCUUGCCGAAAACCGUUGCAUGUUAAAUUUUAUCUUCGUUGGCAAUCACUUCCAUUAUUAUCGAUACGGAAUGCAACCAUACCGGAUAAUUUUAUAUUCAAAAAUUCAACCGAUCAGUAUGUUGUUGAUCUGAAAACGGAUGGCCAAAUUGUUGAACUGAAUCUAACGAAUCCAUUACCCGGUGAUUGGUAUGGUAUGGCAUUCAUCAACAAAACCAAUGAUAAAAUCGCACAGAAAGGUCUUGAACGUGAAUGCAUUUAUCGGUUUAAAUCAAGCGUUUCUUUAAUUGGCACUGCAAUGAAUCGUGUGAGCGUUUUGAAGCCAUCACAUACUUUCAUGUUGAAACAAUCUUUGGUUAUUGACCAGCAAAAUAUUCAACCAGAGCUUCUCUUUAAAUUUUUCCUCAAUCUACACGAAUCAUACGGUGUCAAGAUUGUUAUAACCAACUGCCAAUAUCGACCGUCAUCAUCAUCAUCGGCAAAUAUCCGUCAUCAUCCAUCGAAUCAAUUGCCAUCGUAUCAAUCAUCUAUGGUGAUGAAUAACGGUGAUCCGAUGCUUGUUCAACACAAUACAAAUUUUUCAUCAUCAUCAUCAUCAUCAUCAUUGAAUAUGACCAAUAUCUGCCCAAUUGAAUUAAAUUUUCGAGCACUUGCACUGCCAAAUACAACCACUCGAGAUUAUUCAUUCAAUUGCCAGACGAAUCAAACGAAUGUUGAAUUGAGCAAUGAUAAAUGUAUCAUUGAUUUACCAAGCUUUGUUCCGGAUCAUUGGAAUUAUUUACAGAUUGUAUCAACAGUGAACAAUAUGAUUAUGAUCAAUGAUCAUCAUCAAACUCAUAAAACAAUCUUUGGCGAACAAUAUCGAACAAAAUUAAUGUUUGGCUCAAUCAAUUUUACCAUACAACUUCUUGCCGGUCAGGAAGCCUUUCUAUAUAAUUAUUUUAAUGAUCAAAAUUGUCAAAUGGCUGCUGGCCAAAAUCAGCCACAGCCUCAACAACAGCAACUAACAAGCACAACAAUGGCAUCGAACAUUAUGUCGUUGAACAAUUAUAAUUUUGUAACAAAAAAUAAGAAUGAAUCGCCAGUAUCGGCAAUCGUCGAUGACAAUUCCAAAGUAAAUUUUUUAUCAACAAAUCGGCUUUCCAAUAAUUUGGCAAAUUAUAACAUUGCCAAACAUAAUAAUUCGGAUAGAAAACCUGCCUAUCCUUUCGAUCAGAUCGAUUCGGAUGUUGACAUGAAAAUCAAUUCAAUGAAAAAUGAAAAAGCUUCCACUGUAUCGAUCAAUAAUUAUGAUUCACUUGAAUAUAAUGAAGAUGAUGGCGAUUUUAUUGAUGUCACCGAAAAUCAAAUCAGCAAAAGAUCAGCCGAUCAGAACCGUGAUCGCAAGAAACAGGAUAAAAAAGCCAAAGAAGAACGACGACUUAAGAAACAAAAGAAUAAAAAUCGACAACGAAAUAGAGAUAAAGCUUUAGCCGAAAAACAAUGUCAGUUCGAACCUUCGAAAAUAAUGGCUUCGUUAGAUGAGGAUGAUAUGGUCAAUAUGACCACAUUUGCAGUCUACAAUCUUACACGAUAUCAAAGUUCGGAUGUUUUCACUUUCCGUUAUAGUCCGACAAUGAUAAUCGAUGAUGAAUUAUUGAACACGAAUCAAUCAUAUUCUAGUCAAGCCAAUUUCAUCGAAAUCGAUAAUGAUCGAUUUGCUUUGUUUAAUUUUACAAUCAUACCUCAAUAUGAUAUUGGUGGCAAUCUAGAAAUUGAUUUCGCCAUCUCACCAUGGACCAAUCAUACACAUCAGAAUGUUACGGCCAUCCUUUGUUUGACGCACAAUCGAUUACCACCAUUAUCACUGACAUCCACUGGCAUUCAAUUUGAUGAACAUUGCUAUGGCCAUCUUGUAUCGAAUACUUCUCAGGCAAAUUUCACAACAAUGGGAAGUGAGUUGCAAUCAUUAGUUGUACCUUAUCCACAAUCUGGAACAUGGUUCAUUUCGAUUCUGGCUCGAUGUUAUAGUAGCCACGAUGAAGAUAUCGAUGAUGAUUUCAAUUCAUUAAUGAAUGCCGAUUUCAGCACCGUUAGCUGUGAUUAUUUGAAUAAAACAUCCAUCAUGAUCGAUAUUCAUUCAGCUUCAUGUUUAAAUUCUCGUUGUUUGAACAACGGUAAAUGUCAACAAUAUAUGAAUGUUGGAAUCCUUUAUUCAACAUGCUCAUGUCGUGCAGGUUGGAAAGGAUUAGUUUGUAAUGAUGGAAGCGAAGCGUUAUCCGCACAAAAACUACUCAUCAACUUUCUCAUAUUGACCAUCAGCAAUGCAGCAUUUAUACCGGCAAUUGUUCUGGCAGCAUGUCGACGUUAUUUCACCGAAUCGGCCAUCUAUUUCAUCACAAUGGUCUCAUCAGCGUUAUAUCAUGCUUGCGAUAGCGAUUUCUCACAAUCUUAUUGUGUCUUUAGUGUUGGACUGUUACAAUUCGCUGAUUUUUACACAGCAAUAUUAUCAUUCUUUGUCACAUUAUUGACAUUAGCAUGUUUAUCACCUGGAUGUAAAUCAUUUUUCCAUCUAAUGGGUGCCAUCUCUAUUGCAUUGAUCACCCAGAAUGAUCGUACAAGCCUAUGGACAUUUGUCAUUCCGGCUGGUCUCGGAACAUUACUCAUGUUCUGCUGUUGGUGUUCACGUUGUUGUCGAAAAUCCUGUUAUCCACCCGUACGCUGUUGGAUAUUUUCCAUAUGUCCAGCGCUGAUUUUAACCAUUGUUGGAUUGAUAAUCUAUGCAUUUUUAGAAACACAAGAUAACUAUGCCAUUACUCACAGCGUUUGGCAUGGUGUUGUUGCAUUGGCAUUAUUUUUGGCAAUACCAUCGAUGCCAUCACAAAAUCCAGCGGAAAAUGAUGAAGAAGAUGAGGAUCACGUCCAUUUUAUGAGCUCAUCUGGCAGCUCGACAGCAGGCGGAAGUGGUAAAGGUACAGCUAAAACUGCUACUAAUCCCGAAACCUAUUAUGAGCUAAUUGGCGAAGAAAAAUCCCAUUUGGCCCGUACACAUACCCAUACGAAUGUUCCGACCAAUGCUCAACAAAUAACCAAAACCUAUUGAUGAUAUGAUAAACUAACAUUAUACAGUAUAUGAUAGUAGUAUCAUUUUGUCCAUUUACAAAUUUGUUUCCCUUCAAAUUCCGAACAAACACACACACACACACAUAAACAUAAUCGACGAAAACAGAAAGACAACCCGAAUCGAUUAAUCAUGUAUAAAUGAUUAGGAUUCAAUGAAAACAAAAAAAACUAGUCAUUUAAUUAGGCGUCCACGUUCAUUCAUGUGAUAUUGAUGCUAAUUCUCAUUUUCAAUCCUCUCUAUCGCCAUGAACAAAAUGUUAGAUCAACUUUCGAAAGAAAUAUUUGUCUUUGUCAUUUCGGCUAAGUUUCAACGAUGACAAUCUUUAUGUAAUAAAAAAAAAUUUUUCCAAAGAAUGAU